AUGCGUGAGAUAGCUCAAUCCACUCGAGCCUUAACUAAUGCUAUGGAGAAACUUGAUGAGGCUCAAGCUGCUGCUCUUAAUACUCUUGUUACUCCUGUUGCUGACAAUGAUAUUUCAAAAACCGCUGUGAUUUCUAAAGCAAUUGACCAGAAGAAACCUUCUUCUUUUGAUGGUAAGGGUGACCCUACCAAGAUGGAGAACUGGAUUAGAGAAUUUGACAAAAUUUUUACCACUCUCCAAGUCCCGAAUGAGAUGAGGGUUGAUGCUGCUGCCUAUUAUCUGGUUGAGGAUGUUGAUAUUUGGUGGACUCAUAACAAGUUUGAUCUGACUACUAAGGUGACUGUGGAUGAGGAAGGAGAAGAGCUCAUGGAAGAGAGAGAGUUUGGUUGGACUGAGUUCAAGAAGGCGAUCCGUGAUGAGUUCUUCCAAGCCCAUAUGAGGAUGAGGAAGAGGACGAAGUUUAAUGAUCUCGUGCAGGGAGAUAUGUCAGUUCAUGAGUUCUAUGUGAAGUUUCAGGAGUUGGCUCAUUUUGCUAAGGGCCGGGGUUAG